GGACUUUGCCCCCGGGACCGCUGACUGUCCGUGAAUGACAAAUCCCAAGGCAGGGUUGCACAAGACAGCUGGACUUCUCUACUUUCGUGCAGCAGAGGGAGGGAACAGAGAAUGAAAGAUUCUGAAAAUAAAGUGUAAAGAUCUUUCAUCUCUGAGAUGGUGUCAACUUGGCUGGAGUGAGGAUUGCCCGGAGAUCUGGUAAAGAAAGCUCUCUUGUGGGGGUAUGUCUGUGUCCCGAGGAGCCUGGCAUUUGACUCACUGACUGAGCACGGGAGCUCUGCCCUCAAUGUAGGCAGGUGCCAUCCGCUCAGCCAAGGGCAAGCAGACAAUACAGAAUGACUGGAGGAUUUUAGGUCUUUGCCUCUUGGAUCCGGGGUUCACAACUCUUCCUUCCUGGGCAUCAACACUCCAAGUUUUGACUUCAGGACUUAACGCCAGAAGCCUACUGCCCUCAGGACCUUGGUCUCCCAUUGAGAGCGGUACUGUUGCUUCCCUUGUUCUGAGGCCUUAGUGCUUGGACUGAGCCACAGCACAGUCUUCACAAGGUGCCUCCUCUCCAGACAUGGAGCCCAGCUAUGGGGGAGGCCUCUUUGACAUGGUAAAAGGUGGUGCCGGGAGGCUCUUCAGUAAUCUGAAGGACAACUUGAAGGAUACCCUCAAAGACACAUCCUCUCGAGUCAUCCAGUCUGUUAGCAGCUACACAAAGGGAGACCUAGACUUCACUUAUGUCACCUCCAGAAUUAUCGUGAUGUCCUUUCCUCUGGACAACGUUGACAUAGGAUUCAGGAAUCAGGUGGAUGACAUCCGGAGCUUUUUGGAUUCCAGACAUCUUGACCAUUACACAGUAUACAACCUGUCACCCAAGUCAUACCGAACUGCCAAGUUUCACAGUCGGGUCUCAGAAUGCAGCUGGCCCAUCAGGCAGGCCCCAAGUCUACACAACUUGUUUGCUGUGUGUCGGAAUAUGUACAACUGGCUACUGCAGAAUCCCAAAAAUGUCUGCGUUGUCCACUGCUUGGAUGGACGGGCCGCGUCAUCAAUUCUGGUUGGUGCUAUGUUCAUUUUCUGCAAUCUCUACUCUACUCCUGGCCCCGCUGUUCGAUUGCUCUAUGCAAAACGACCAGGAAUUGGACUGUCUCCAUCCCAUAGGAGGUACUUGGGCUACAUGUGUGACCUACUUGCAGACAAGCCCUACCGCCCUCACUUCAAGCCACUCACGAUCAAGGCAAUCACUGUCAGCCCAAUUCCCUUCUUCAAUAAGCAGAGAAAUGGGUGUCGCCCCUACUGUGAUGUACUGAUUGGAGAAACUAAAAUAUACUCCACAUGCACGGAUUUUGAACGGAUGAAAGAAUACCGAGUCCAAGAUGGGAAAAUCUUCAUCCCCCUGAACAUCACAGCCCAAGGCGAUGUCAUUGUUUCUAUGUACCACCUGCGGUCAACCAUUGGGAGCCGGCUGCAGGCCAAGGUGACCAACACACAGAUAUUCCAGCUCCAGUUUCAUUCUGGAUUUAUACCACUGGACACUACAGUUUUAAAGUUCACCAAACCCGAGUUGGACGCAUGUGAUGUACCAGAAAAAUAUCCUCAGCUGUUCCAAGUGACACUGGAUAUAGAAGUGCAGCCCCAAGACAAAGUGAUCGACUUGACUCCCCCAUGGGAGCACUACUGCUCAAAAGAUGUGAACCCCAGCAUCCUCUUUUCCUCUCAGCAGGAACAUCAAGACACUCUGGCCUUAGGAGGUCAGGCUACAGCAGAUCUCCCUCCAGACCAUCCCAGGAAUGUCGGGCAAGGUGGCUUCUUUGCCUCCCUCUGUUGGCAAGAUCAGAAAUCAGAAAAGGCGUUCUGCGAGGAGGACCACGCUGCCCUGGUGAAUCAGGAAAGUGAGCAGUCGGAUGAUGAACUCCUGACCCUCUCGAGCCCCCACGGCAACGCCAAUGGAGACAAGCCUCACGGAGCCAAGAAGCCCAGCAAGGAGCAGGAGCCAGCAGCCCCUCCUCCCCCGGAAGAGGUGGACCUCCUGGGCCUGGAAGGGUCCGAUGUGAGCAGGAACUUCUCCCCGCUGGCAGCGCCUCCCAGCAAUUCGGAACUGCUGAGUGACCUGUUUGGGGGUGGAGGUGCCACAGGUCCUGCCCAGGCAGGGCAGGCUGGGGUAGAAGAUGUCUUUCAUCCUAGUGGACCCGCGUCAGCGCAAUCCACACCACGCCGCGCCGCCACCUCCGCCUCUGCGUCACCAACCCUAAGAGUGGGAGAAGGUACCACCUUUGACCCUUUUGGAGCCCCUGCUAAGCCACCAGGUCAGGAUUUGCUGGGCUCCUUUCUGAACACAUCCAAUGCUUCUAGCGACCCUUUUCUGCAGCCCACGAGAAGUCCUUCCCCUACAGUGUAUGCUUCGAGCACACCUGCUGUGAACAUCCAGCCAGAUGUUGCUGGAGGUUGGGACUGGCAUACCAAACCAGGGGGUUUUGGAAUGGGAAGCAAAUCAGCCGCCACCAGCCCAACAGGCUCAUCACACGGCACCCCUACCCAUCAGAGCAAGCCGCAGACUCUGGAUCCCUUCGCUGACCUGGGGACGCUAGGUAGCUCUUCCUUUGCCAGCAAACCUACCACACCAACUGGACUAGGCGGAGGGUUUCCACCUCUCAGCUCACCGCAGAAAGCAUCCCCCCAGCCGAUGGGUGGAGGGUGGCAGCAGCCCGCGGGCUAUAACUGGCAGCAGGCUCAGCCUAAGCCGCCAUCCGGUAUGCCUCACUCCUCCCCGCAGAACCGACCCAAUUACAACGUGAGCUUCUCAGCUAUGCCUGCGGGACAGAGCGAACGUGGGAAAGGAUCUUCUAAUUUGGAAGGGAAACAAAAGGCUGCUGACUUUGAAGACCUGCUUUCUAGCCAAGGGUUCAAUGCCCACAAAGACAAGAAGGGGCCUCGGACAAUAGCUGAGAUGAGAAAGGAGGAAAUGGCUAAGGAAAUGGAUCCUGAGAAAUUAAAGAUCCUGGAGUGGAUAGAAGGCAAAGAGCGAAACAUCAGAGCCCUGCUCUCCACAAUGCACACGGUGCUGUGGGCCGGGGAGACCAAGUGGAAGCCGGUGGGCAUGGCCGACCUGGUGACACCAGAGCAAGUGAAGAAAGUGUACAGGAGGGCUGUGCUGGUGGUGCACCCCGACAAGGCUACUGGGCAACCCUAUGAACAAUAUGCAAAGAUGAUUUUCAUGGAGCUAAACGAUGCCUGGUCUGAAUUUGAAAACCAAGGCCAGAAGCCCUUGUAUUAAUCUGUGAGCUUUUUUCUAUGCUGGCUGCAGCCCUGUGUUAAUGCUUAGUGUGUAUCACAGUUCUGAGAUUUUCACAGAUGAACCAAAAAUUCCAGUAAUGUAUUUCCAGUCCUAAACUGUUAAGUUCCUCGCGAAUUCAUUUCUCAUGGUCAGGAAUGUGAAAGUUUGGUUUCUUAAAGUCCAUAGCACCGAGAGGAACUCUAGCAAGCUGACCUUGCAGAGUUAGGACGUUCCUGCUUGCCCUCUGGGAAGCCGCCUCAGCAUUUUGCCUGGGGAAAUGGGGCAGAGGCCACCCAAGUGGAAGGCAUGACAUCCAUCUCAUUGUCCAAGAUUACGAUUUAUGAGUGGAUGUUUUGAUAAUUGGAUUGCGUAAUGGUUUUAAGGAACUAAUUUAGGGAUAUUUUUGUUUGCCUUUUGUUUCUAAAGGAUGUAACGUGAGCAAUGGAUAUCACCAACCGAGUAUUUCUCAAUGGAAAUUCACUAGAGCUCUUACCUCCUUUAGAGUGUGUAUUUUGCUCUAGAGAGUUAACAAUGAAAGAAGGGGCUAAAUGGUGGGAUGUGAUCUUGCAGGUCUAGGCAUUACCCCUGACUUUUCCUGGAUGAGCUGCAAACCCAAGCAUGGGAUAGCUAAAGAAACUUGGAGCUUUGAGAUGUCAGAGCUCAACUUCCUGUCACAGAUGUUGGGCUGCUGGCUCCCUUUCCCUUAAAAAAAAAAAAAAAAAAAAAUCCGUGGUUGACUAAA